AUGGCUGCAAUUGCAUUGCGCCCACGGGUUGUUUCAUUCAUCCUCAAGAACAGUGCUUACGCUCCUCGGCUGCUGCCUGCACCUCUUCCUACCCUCUCGUUGAGCCAUCACCAAAUCCGUCACAGCUCGCACGCUCCCGCGCCCUCCCUAUCUCGUCUCCCUCCCGGUACUAAACCAGUAACAAUCCAAACCAUUCGAGACCUCCAUCGCAAGAAGAUCCCUAUUACAAUGCUAACCGCCCACGAUUUCCCUUCUGCUUCCCUCGCUUCCGCAGCUGGCAUGGACAUCAUCCUCGUGGGUGACUCCCUUGCCAUGGUGUCCCUUGGCAUGCCCGAUACCUCUGAAGUCACUCUCGAUGACAUGAUCCUCCAUGCCCGAUCAGUCAGCCGAGCAGCAGGUCCGUCCUUCACAGUCGGCGAUCUGCCCAUGGGCUGCUAUGAAGUCUCACCGGAGCAGGCCUUGCAGAGCGCGAUCAGGAUGGUCAAGGAAGGGAGGAUGCAAAGCGUGAAGCUGGAAGGCGGGGUCGAGUGCGCAGAUACAAUUAAAAGAAUAACCACGGCCGGUAUAUCAGUCUGUGGACAUGUUGGGCUAACACCGCAGCGCCAGCAUGCUCUUGGUGGAUUUCGUGUUCAAGGCAAAACUGUCUCCGCUGCUGAGAAGGUUCUGGCGGAUGCUCGCGCUGUGCAGGAUGCUGGUGCCUUUGCUACAGUUCUUGAAUGCGUCCCACCUGAAAUAGCCAGCAUUAUCACCUCCAAACUCAGCAUACCAACUAUUGGCAUCGGCGCCGGCAAUGGUUGCAGCGGUCAGGUGCUUGUUCAGAUGGACAUGCUCGGCUGCAGACCCCGGGGUUCGUUCUUGCCGAAAUUCGUCAGACAAUAUGGAGACGUCUGGGAAAGGAGUCUAGCUGCCGUUGAGCAGUACCGUGAUGAGGUGAAAACAAGAAGCUACCCAGCAGAACAGCAUAACUAUGCCGUUGACAGCGCCGUCGUGGAAACCUUCAGAGCCAGCGUUGAUAGAUCAGGCAAUAAAAUUCCGUAG